GUAAAAUCAGUUUUUCAUUAUAUUUUGGAAAAACUUUAUUAUCUCUAUUUUGCCGAGAUCCACAAUAAAGAAAAAGAUAAAUUGGUCUUAGCAUUUCAUUCAACCGAGUUGUUUCACGAUUCACGGACGUACCCGACUCAACGGGUUAGUUUUGGUGGGAAUUGCUUGUUAUGCUUGUUAGUAAAUUGGGGAACGCGUUCUGUGAACUAUCCGUUUUCAUUAUUGAGGCACAUUGUUUUUUAUCUUAUCUUAUGAUUUGAAUUACUCUUUUGUGAGGACAUUCAGGGGUUUAAUUUGAACAAUGGAGCCCAGAGGCCGAGGAAGAGCUCAACGAGGGGGACGAUCGCGGGGUUCUAAUGAACAAUCGCAGCAGUCCUCUGGUCGUCCAGGACAAGGGGGACAUAAUCGAGGUGGUGGCCAGUACAGAGGGGGCCAACAAGGUGAUGGCCAGUACAGGGGAGGCCAACAAGGUGGUCAGUACCGGGGUGGCCAACAAGGUGGUCAGUACCGGGGUGGCCAACAAGGAGAUGGCCAAUACAGGGGCGGCCAACAAGGAGAUGGUCAGCACAGGGGGGGCCAAAGGGGAGGCCAAGGCCAAUAUAGAGGUGGCCAACAGGGAGGUAGCCAAGGGCAACAAGGAGGUGGACAGAGUGCGUGGGGAAGGUCCCAACCACCACAACCUCAGUGGGGUCCACAACAAAGAUCUCAGGGACCACCACAACAGCAAUCGCAGUGGCCUCAGCCACAAUCUCAAACUCAAAGUGCUCCACAGCAAGCAACUUCUUCCUGGGGUAAUAAACCUGCGUUAAAGUGGGGAGAAGGUCAGCAGUCACAGCCUCAACCUCAAGCAGCACCUCAACAACCUCAAGCAGCAUCUCAACAACCUCCUGCGGAAGCAGGUCCAUCUGCGGAUUUCCCAAAGACUACUCUUGGCCGAGGGCAGGGAGAGGGAGAGGGCUCUUCGAAUCAAGCCACUAGCUCGGGGGCAACCGCUAGGGCUGGAGCUACUAGAGAAAGGGGUGGCGGAAAUGGCGCGGUCAGAGGCCGGAUCAACAGAGCCGAAAUUCUUGUUACAAAGCCUGAAGGCUUGACAAGCGAGGGAAAAAUGGGUCAUAGCGGUAGUCCCAUUACAUUGACAGCUAACUUUUUUGAACUGAUCGAACACGCUUCCUGGCAUUUGGUUCAGUAUGAAGUAAAAUAUGCACCAGAAAUUGACGACACAAGGUUGAAAAAAAAAUUGAUGUAUACUGCCAUUAAAGAAGAAGAUUUUGCUAAGGCUUAUAUUUUUGAUGGAUCUUCUCUAUUUACACCAUUCAGAAUACAUUCUGAUCCCCUUGAAAAGCAUGUGGCAGCGGAUGCUUUUGGAACUGUCAGGAUCACCAUCAAACAGACUGGCGUUUUGGCUUGGGGUGACUGGACCUACAUUCAAGUGUUCAAUAUCCUCAUAAGAAAAUGUCUCCAUCUAAUGAAUUUCGAACUCAUCCAGAGAAAUUAUUAUGACGCAAAUGCAGUUGAGGAUAUUCAAAAUCAUCCUAUCCGUGUCUGGCCAGGGUACUUCACCUCAAUCAGACAGUACGAACAGAAGAUCAUGAUGAACGUCGAUUUGUGCUUCAAAGUAAUGAGAAAGGAUAAUUGUUACGAUUUGCUCCUCACUUGUAUGGGCAGAAACAACCGACCCAACAUGGAAGAGUACAAGAAAAAAUUGACAGGAAGCAUUGUUCUCACCUAUUACAAUAACAAAACAUACAAGGUCGAUGACAUCGAUGAUAAGCAGAAUGCGUUGAGUACCUUCAAGAAAAAGGAUGGCAGCGAAAUUUCCUAUAAACAGUAUUACUAUGAGCGUUAUAAAAUCAAAAUCCAAGUAGACAACCAGCCACUUUUGGUUUCCAAAGCUCACGAGAGAGAAAGGAGAGCAGGUGGCCCCGAUGUCUAUCUCUUGGUCCCCGAAUUAUGUCAACUGACUGGCUUGACUGAUGAACAACGAGCAAACUUCCAUCUUAUGUCGGCCCUGGCUACGAAAACGAGAAUUCCACCUGGUCCCAGACAACAGAAAUUGAUCCAAUUUGCUAGGAGGUUAACAUCGAACCAAACGGCCAUGACUGAGAUUAAAAAGUGGGAUUUGAAACUUGCCAAUAACUUGGUCCAACUUAAAGGAAGAGUGUUGCCAAAUGAAAUGAUUCAAGUAAGUAAAGAAAUCAAGACACCUACCAGCCACAAAGCCGACUGGAUGAACAGUUGCAAGUCGGGAAUGUUGGAUUUGGCACAGUUCGAUCAGUUGAUAGUAUUACAUCCAAACAUAAAGGACACACAGAAUUUCAUCGGUGCCAUCACCAAAGCAGGCGGUGGAAUGGGCUGGAGAAUGCCACGUUUCACGUUGGAAAACAUAGGCAGAGCUAACGUGCCAGAUUAUUUGAAUGCCAUCGACAAUAUAAGAAUACAGAAAGGAGUCAUGACUCUAGUCAUAUGUAUUGUGCCCAACAGAAAUUCCGAGAGGUAUAAUGCUAUCAAAAAGAGGUGUAUCGUAGACAGGGGAAUUCCCAAUCAGGUUAUUUUGGAGAAGCAAUUCCGAGCAAAGGGUGUUAUGUCUAUUGCUAGCAAAAUAGCAAUACAGAUGAACUGCAAGCUUGGCGGAACACCAUGGAGUAUUGGUGUCCCAUUGCACGAUCUGAUGGUGGUCGGUUACGAUGUGUGCAGAGACACCCUCAGCAAACAGAAAUCUUUCGGCGGUAUGGUAGCUUCGAUGAACAAUAAUUGCAGUCGUUACUAUUCUGCAGUGUCCGAACAUUUAUAUUCGGAGGAGCUAUCUCAUAAUUUCGCCGCUUUCGUGUGCAACGCCUGUGAAAAAUAUAGGCAGACCAACGGUAGGCUUCCUACCAGAAUUCUAAUUUACCGUGACGGUGUCGGCGAUGGGCAGAUUCCUUACGUCUACGAAAGUGAAGUACAGAUCGUCAAGGACAAGUUGAGGGAAAAACAUUAUCCGGGGGUGAGGGAGCUAAAAAUGUGUUUCAUCAUUGUUACGAAGAGGAUAAACUCUAGGAUCUUCUAUGGAGAACAAAAUCCCCCACCUGGUACCGUUGUUGAUAAUACCAUAACGUUACCGCAGAGGUUUGACUUCUUCUUGGUCAGUCAGUGUGUUAAUCAAGGAACAGUGACCCCCACGAGUUUCAACAUCAUUGAUUUUACCGAUUUUGGCGUCGACCCCGACAAACUGCAAAUCAUGACUUACAAAAUGUGUCAUAUGUACUUCAACUGGAGUGGAACAGUUAGAGUUCCAGCACCAUGCCAAUACGCUCAUAAACUAGCGUUCCUUACUGCCCAAAGCUUGCACAGACCUGCACAUCCUAGCCUUAACACAUUACUCUACUUCUUAUAAAUAAGUUUUGUUUUCUUUUUUCAAUUUUUAUUUUUAUAUUAGAAUGUUUCCUUGGUUCAGCAGAAUGAAUGUUAAUUAUUUUUAAUAAAUUUUUACUCUUUGAAUGUUCAGUUUA